GUUACCCGGAUGUUGGUCUCAAAGGGAACACACAUGUCGAUAAAAACAAAACCGUGCGGUGUCUAAAAUGGAAUUAAAUACUAAUAAAACGACUUCACAGGAUUUGCUGGCAUUUGGAAACGGAAAAGGUCUAAAUGAAAAGCUUCUCCUCAAACCAAAGGCUGGCAGACCCCUGCAGACAGAGAGAGUCCCAAGAAGCAGCGUGUUGGAGCGACUGCAGAGCUUCCUCCCUCAGAUGGCCGAGGCCAACGAGAAGCUGAAGCAGCAGAUGGAGGAUGCUCCCGUUGGACGCUUUGACAUUGAGAGUGUGGAGGAGGCAGAGCGGGUCAUAGAGAUGGACGUAGCGCUGGUGGAGCUCAGCGGCUCAGACAGCAACUCUGAUGAAGAGGAGACUUCGGACUCUGAUGAGGAUUCAGACUCUUGUGAUGAGAAGAUCACAGAACAGAACUUUAAAUUACCUGGAGACAAAGACAAGAAGAAGAAAGCCUACAUCCAGGUUGUGGAUCAGAAGGGAGAGUGAAAAAACAACAGCAGCCUCUGAUGUAGAUCGAGCUUCUUUUCUCUCUGAAGGAAUGUGGAUUAAACUGUCUGGAGCUGCUGUUUGGACACAAUCAGAUCCUUCUCCUACCUAUGGGAACAGCAGUGAUUAUUACUUCUCCCAGUAUACCAGUUGAAGUUGUUGAAGUGCCUUUGGCAGCAGAACACAUGCUUCAUUGACUUCCAGUCAACCAUGAGCCGACUAUUAGAACUUGUCAUUGAAUCAAAUGCGUGAAACUGUUAAGUUUUUUUUCUCUGUUUUCUUCAGCUUGUGCACAUUCUGGUAUCACUUUGAAUGAAAAGCUCCUUGAUUUUCAAUAGGCUCAACAGACUGAAUGAUGAUUGCAUGUCUUUACCUGAGAGCAACAAACAUAUUCAUCAACUUUGAGUCUUGUUUUUCCUAUUGAAACUGUCAGACAGCGUCUUAAAUCACCAUUACAACAGCAGGCAUGCCUGUUUGGUGUGCCUGCUCCUCCUAUUGUAAAGGAUAUGAAAGAGCAGGAAAUAUCUGCAGACCUCCUACUGAUAGCAAAGAUGUGUUGCUCAUGAGCGAGAUGUUUUUUUUAUGCGAGCAAAUAGUGUCAUUUACUUUAUUCCCCUUUGGCUGAUACUAAAUACACCUCAGAAUGAAGGAAUGGUCUUUAUUCUACACUGUUAAGCCACAGCUGUUGUUUAACAUUUUGUUUUUAUACCAAUGUCACACAAAGUAACUUUUGUUUGGGGAAAUCUAUAAAUACACAGGUAGAAAUGUUGAAUUUUGGCAGAUAAGGAGGCUUAAAAAUGACUCUCAUUGCUAUGCAAAAUCAAAAGAUCCAGAUCACUAAAACAGGCUGUAAUUCCCAUCACUAGCUGACUGAAUAUUUCUUGUUUUUUAGCUGCUGGUUGUGUUUGCUGGUAGUGAUGCAAGUAGGGGAGGGUGAAAAUGCUUAUAAUCACUGUUUUGUAGCUACUUUGUCUUCAACCUCUGUCUGCAAGACUUUUCAAAGGAAACAAAAAGUCGUUGUAAAGUGAUAAAAAAAAAAAUCUAUUUUGAUUUUGUUGUAUGACAGGCCACUGUGUUAUGAACCACCUGGCCAAAUUUCAGUCAUGAAAAACAUCUCUAAGUUUAUAAAAUUAAGCUUCAAAAUCAUGGAAAGAGAGAUAGUAAUAUCUGUUCUUGGAUGCUGUGGGUGUGUUGGUUGAAUGAGAAGAAGCCUUGCCUACUCAAGAGAAAUAUGAUCCUCUCAAAUUUUAAGAAAUGCUACCUGAAUGGAGGAAUCGUCUAUCUGCUAUGCUGCUAUGUUGCAACUCUCCUUUUCUAAGCCACCAAAGAAACAAUAACAUUUAUGUCAAGAUAUCUCAUUUUCUGAGAUAUGUCUCUCUCCCGUUUCUGAGAUGUCUUUGUUAAGUUGUCGCUCAAAACAUCCCAUUUCCUGAUGUUGCUCUUCAAAAUAAAAGUCUUCAAUGAUGAUGAGCAUUGGAGACUUUUAUUGUGACUGACUUGGUAGGAAUACAUGUCUAUCAUCAGAUACUGUACUAAAAUUUAUCAUCUUGAUGCUAACAGACAGUAGGGAUUGAGGGAGAGAGAUAAAGCCACAGCCUGCUUCUUUUGCUCAUACAGGGCUAAAGACAAGUGAAAUAUGGAUUAAAACACACCUCCAGCAGGUCAAAUGUUUAUGUUGCAUCUGGUUCAAGUGAGAAAUAGACAAGCACUCCAGCUAUUAGCCUUCCCCCUGAUCUUACAGUGGACUGUGCCAGAGCAGACAGAAGUUGAGGAUUACAUUUACUGUUUUUCUGGCACAAAUCUCUCCAUUCUAAUCCUUUUAGUGACUGUAGGCUACCGUGGCUUGGUAAUUUACUUCACAGUGAACAAAAACACAGCAUUCCAACAUAUCAAGUGUGUUAAGACAAAUUUUGGAUUUCACUUUACAGGGACUUUAAGGAAAUUUGUCACAGUCUGUCCCUACUCCACUCACUAGAUCAUGUAAGUUGGUUGUGUGUCAUAAACGAUUCAGUCACAUGUGGUGACAUCCCAACAUGACCGUUGAGUCGGUUUGAAAUCCCGAAGUGUGCACCAAGCUGAAAGGUGAGAUUGUGACAAGUAAAAACAAAUCAGGGGUCGCAUCUCAGCUGAGCUAAAGUAGCACGCUUUUUAAUUAUUUGAUUUUAUUGGUGAUCUGUAAAACAUAAUGCAGGCCCAGAUAAUCUGCCAAAUGCUUAAUAUUGCCUGAUUUAGAGUUAAAGGAGCUUCUUACCCAUGUAGGUUAUGUCAAUGGUUAUCAGACGAGUAAUAUGCUCUUCCAGUGUGGGAAAUUGUCAUUAUAUUUACUUUAACACUUAUAUGUUCUUCAACAGUUUGAUCCAACUCCUGCACACUGCCCAGCAUAGAUAGCCUAGAUAAGCGGAAGCAAAUGGAUGGCGUGUAUGGAUACCUGUGCAGUAAAGUCAUACAUCUACACAGCACAUCAGCAUCAUUUCCUCAUAACAUUAAGCAAACUAACAACAGCAUCAUGGUGUAAAAUUCAAAUUGAGCUUUAUUCACAGUCAAAUGACAUCGCUGGCUGUAGACAAACUCUCUUUGUUGAGGGAAACUCCCCUCUUCACAAAGGGUGAGAAAAGAAACAUUUCUUAGCCCUUGCUGCUUAACUGACAACGUGGGACUGAUUAAAAAAACUAACUUUACAGGUUUUUCACAUUAACAAUGCAGAAAAUCAUCUUGCGAGUGUAAAGUCAGUGAAUAUAAUUUCAUAGCAGAGUCUUCCUGUCUGACAAAAAUAUAUCAAAUAAUCCCUCUUUUGUUCAAAAAUAUUUACAAAAAGGACACAUUUGACAAAAGGAAGAGUCUAGGAACAAACAGCUGCAAGGACUUGAUUAACACCCAGUGAGGACAAUAAAUUAAAAAUAUGUCACUACAGCCAAAUGGAAUUAUAAUCAAAUCAUCUUUAUGUAAAAAUACUACUCUAUUUCUAUCAGGGGAAGCCUUUAAUUAGAGCCAGGAUUAAAAAUGCUCAGGACAGCUAAUUCAUCACAUUUGAAUUAAGAUAUUUUUGUCAUUGUUCACGUGGUAAUGCAGCUUUAAUAGUAUUUGCAACAUUUAAGGAUGCUUGAACAUCCCAGAUGCAAGCAUUUUAAUGUAGCUUCACUGGGUCACCUUCUCAAAAUGGAUAAAUAUUUCCUCUGUGAUGCUAUGAAGUAAGAAUGUCUCAAAUAUCUGAUGUCACAAGAAACAUAAUGUAUUUUAUAAUGUUCAUUAAAAUAAAAUCAAAUAGAGACUAACUUUCAUGGAGUAACUGUCUAACCUUAUUUUAAGUCUUUAAGGUGAUUUCUGAAGCAUUUUGUCAACAACAACAUUCUCUAAAUUUGGUUGCUUACCAGUUUGCAUUCACUGCCAUGAAGUCAAACCUCUUUAAGACUUUUGUUAUAAAUAAAAAUAAAACUGUAUCAAUAAUCCCUUCUUUCUCUGCUACCAGUUUGUUCCAAGAGGAUCUGGCUGCAGACCUCUUCAGUGGGUGAGAUGGUUAGGGUUAGGGUAACGAGGAGGGGGGGGGGGGGGGUA